AUGUAGAGCCCGAAUGGAUUCUGAUGAAGAGUGUGUGCCGGCAGACCGGUAUGGGACUGCAUACGGUCCUGAAAGCCUCGAAGCCGAGGUGGAGGAUUUUAGCAUCAAUAUCAUUGGAGCAAGCAGCGAGGAAGAAGAGGAUGUGUUUGUCCGGAACAGACUCUCUAAGGUACACCAACACAACGAUGUACAUGUCGGUGAAUCGGGACACGUGGCGAUGCCUGUUACAAAAACUACGGAUGUCCAGAUGGGUGAGACUGAUGACAGUCAUCUCCCCAUAGAUGGAGGCUGGGCGUGGAUGAUACUAGCGGGAUGUUUUCUCAACGUCAUUAUAAUGAUUGGCUAUGCCCGAGGGAUGGCAAUCCUUUUCGUGGAAUACUUGACGUUAUUCGAGGCAUCAACCACCAAAACCACAUUACUGAUGGGCGUCAUGGCUGGUGUCUAUAGCCUGUCUUCACUCAUAUCCAUGCACGUACUGGUAGACCUUCUUGGAGUCAGGAAAACUGUGAUGCUAGGAGCAACCAUAACAACCGCUGCCAUGGUAAUGGCUAUCUUCCCUACAAGUAUUACGUACUUGAUUUGUACACACAGUGCAUUUAUCGGUUUGGGACACUCCAUGAUCUAUGGACCAGCUAUUGUUCUGAUUGGGCACUACUUCAACAAACGACGAGGACUUGCUACAGCAAUAGCUAUGUCCGGCAUCAGUUUUGGCAGCAGCGUGUUUCCCCCUUUGAUACGAUACCUUUUAGACGAGUAUGGGUUACAGGGCAGUAUGAUAAUACUCACAGGAAUAACAAUGAACAUGUGGGUGGGUGGAAUGGUGAACCGCCCGCUGGAGUCGUACAGAAAAAUGAAGACAACAGCAAACACAAAACAAAACGGACAUGCAGCAGAUACCAAACUAAAUCGGCGUUCAUUGAGAGCUGAUAUGAAACAUUUUGGAAAAUUAAAUCCUGAAAAGUUUCUGAGUGUAAGCUCUAUUACCUCGGAAAUGAUAGGAAGGUCUCCCCUUCAAGGGUAUUCGCUCCUCAAUACAGGUGUACCUGAUUCGCCUACACUCGUAAGAAGAAUCAGCAGACCACUGUCAGGGACGAGUCAAAUAAGCUUCAAUCUGUAUGCAAGCAAUGCCGAGCUGGGUUCAGUGUCAGUGUUAAGUGCAGAAGAUGAAGAUGAAGCGUUUCCAAAAGUUGAUGAAAAUAGUGAGAAGGAUACUGUCACUUCCAAGAAUGCGAUAUUUUACAUGAAGAAAGUGCUUUCAACAUUGGAGUUUUCAUUGUUCAAGAAUCCAGUGUUUGUAUUAAUCAUUUUGUAUUCUUUCUUUGGAAUAACCAUAGGCCUUGUGCCGGUAUACUUGCCUGCGUUGGCUAAAGACAAAGACAUCAGCCAGAGUGACGCUGCAAUAUUUCUGCUCAUAUCUGGAGCAAUAGAUUUCUUUAGCAGGUUGUUCUAUGGGUUUUUGGCAGACACGAAAAUCAUGCGAGUUACAACGAUUAUGGCGAUUGGUCUUAUAAUUACUGGGACUAUGACUCAUCUCACAUUUUUUUUCAAUUCGUAUGUGACAUUGCUGAUAUAUUCUGUAGUGUACGGAAUGUUCGCGAGCUCCUACUUUUGCCUGAUUCCUGUCGCAAUUGUAGACCUCCUUGGAUUGCAGUACAUGGCGAAGACACUUGGCUUUGUAUCUCUUUUCCAUGGUGUUUCAAUGGCCAUAACGCACCCUAUCGUAGGUAGUCUCACAGAUUGCACUGGUUCGUAUACUGCAGGCUUCAACUAUCUUGGUGCAUGUGCAUAUACAUCAGCAAUCGUUCUGUUGUGUGUACCACUACUAACAAGACAUGUUACGAGGCAUCUUAAUGAAAAAACUUUAAACGAAAAUAAAGAGGAAAUCAAACCCUUGCAGCAAACAACUGAACUGUAAUGGGAAAUUUAUCUUUUCCAGGCAUUUUACUGGUUUGGUGUCCAGAAGUAUAAAUAUUCACCUGUUGUGAGUGUUUGAAUGUUUUAACUCUUUAUCAUCCCAAUGACAUUAAAAUGAACUGAAUUCGUGUUAUUGAGGGCAUUCAAUGUUCUUAUUGUAGGUAACGUCCAAAGAAAUAUAAUAAAUACACAUUAAUGUCUAUAUAGGCUUUGUUAUCGGUGGUCGGACAAAUAAUAGAAAACCCUUGGAAAUAGAAUCGGUAGGGUGCGACAAUAAAAUGUAA